UGCAAUAUUUCUGCCGGACGUGACGAAAUCAUCCUUAUCGACAACAUUACAACAUGGGUUCAUUUCAUUCACGAUUGUGGAAGAUCACUCUUCCUGUUUCGCUGCCUUUGCUUGCCUUUGCAUAUUUUCGUUGGAGGCAAAUGCAAAUGAGAAAGAUCGAGCAAUUUAGGCGAGUAGGUUAUGUGUCCGGACUGUUCAUCUAUCCGGUCAAAUCAUGCGCGGGAAUUGAGCUGGAAAAUGCUGUGUGUCUCACAGAAGGCAUACAAUUUGACAGGAACUGGGUGGUAGUUGACAGAGAUGAUAAGUACCUUACUUCAGUGGACAAACCAGUGUUAGCUCAGGUGGUUCCACAUUUUGAAGAUGGCAGCCUUUGUCUCAAUGCGCCGAGUAUGGACACACUGAGAAUUCCUAUCCAGCCGGACACUAAGGAGUUUAAAGACCUCAAAGUUUCAAGGGUCUCGUCCAAGAGUCGUUAUGUUGGAGACAAAGCUUCUUUAUGGUUUUCAACCUUGCUGAACAAACCAGGCUGCAAAAUAUAUCAAAUUCACGAACUGCGGGAUUCCACAAAAGAUACGAAAUGGGGAGACCUAGCAUCACCAGGAGACAAGAUGGGUUAUGCAAGUUUUGCAGCAUAUCACAUGACUACAGAGUCAUCACUUGUGGAACUGAAUGGAAUUUUGAAAUCUCCCAUCGGCAUGAAUAGGUUCCGUGCUAAUAUUGUCAUUGGGGGAACUGAGCCUUUUGCUGAGGAUCAUUGGCACCAAAAAUUUCUAAAGAUAGCAGAUGUUAGGUUCAGAACUCUCAAAGACUGUGGAAGAUGUACCCAGAUCACCAUAGAUCCUGAAACUGGCAUAAAGAAUGGACUUGAAGCACUCACAACUUUGAGAAG